AUGACUUCAAUUACAGCCUCGUCCCUCCAACAGAUCCCUCUUUCUUACGCGUCCUGCUCCAUCGGCUGCGGUGCAAGCGACACUUUACCGCGCAGACUCGAAGCCAUCGGCAAAGCAGGCUUCACCGCAAUCGAACUCUCCUUCCCGGACAUUCUCGACUAUGCCGGGCAGUUGAACGGGUACGAAGUUCCGCCCGAUGACUACGAGGAAUUGGCGAAAGUAACCCGGCAGAUUUACGCCGAUUGUAAAGCCAAUGGUGUGACGGUGAUGAUGUUGCAGCCCUUUGCGAACUUCGAGGGGUGGCCCAAGGAUUCGCGUGAGCGGAAGGAGGCUUUUGAGAGGGCCAACGGCUGGAUGAAGAUUAUGGAAGCUGCGGGGACGGAUAUGUUGCAGGUCGGCUCCACGGACUCACCUGCAGGCAAGAUCUCCACAGAUCGCGCACAGAUUGUGUCUGAUUUGCGCGAGUUGGGCUCCAUGCUCGCAAAGAAUAAUUUUCGCUUGGCCUACGAGAACUGGUGCUGGUCAACGCAUGCCCCAAGUUGGAAAGACGUCUGGGAAAUCGUCCGUGACGUCGACAUGCCCAACGUGGGUCUCUGUCUCGACACAUUUCAAACGGCAGGUAGUGAAUGGGCCGAUCCAACAUGCUCCAGUGGAUUGAUCGAGAACGCCUCCGCGGGAACCGUGCAACAGAGAUUUGCUCGCAGUAUGGAGGAGCUAGCGCAAACCGUGCCUGCAGAGAAGAUAUACCUAUUGCAGAUCUCCGACGCGUAUAAGGUUUCCCCGCCUCUGGAGAAUAAAGACGUCAAGGGGCUAAGGCCUCGCGCGCAGUGGAGCCAUGACUAUCGGCCGAUGCCGUACGAUGGGGGCUACUUGCCCAUAAUGGAUGUCGCGAAGGCGGUCCUGAAAACCGGGUUCAGAGGAUGGUUCUCAAUGGAGAUUUUUGAUGCUGGUCCGCAGGGCAAGGGGAAGAAGUACGAGAUGGAGCCAUUCGCAAAGAAGGCUAUGGAGAACAUGCAGAAGCUGUUGAAGGAAUGUGUCACAGAAUCUUGA